AACCACUUCCUUACUCUUCACGCCAAACGCCUGCACUCUCUCUCCUUCACCCAUUUGCUCUACUCCUCUCUACUCUACUCUCUCUCUCUCUCUCACCAACACUUCCAGCUAACCUUCUGCCUUUUUCACUCCAGUUUUCUCCCCCACCAUUGUUGCUUCUUGUUUUCUUCCAUCUUCUUCUUUUCCUACUUUCUCUCUCUUCUUCCUUCCUCUACCUUGUUUGUUUUGUUUUGUUUUGUUUUUUUUUUUUUUUUUUUAACUCCAUGAUGGGUGAGAAACUGUUGUUAGAGGUGAAGAAGAGGGUUGUUGUGUGUUUGUUCAUCUGGGUUUUCCUCUUUCUCUCCUCUCUUGCUUUCCAGCUCAAUGAUGAAGGAAAAGCCUUGAUGUCCAUAAAGGCGUCGUUUAGCAACGUGGCUAACGCACUCCUCGACUGGGACGAUGUCCAUAAUGCUGAUUUCUGCUCGUGGAGAGGAGUUUUCUGUGACAAUGUCAGCUUGUCAGUUGUUUCUCUGAACUUGUCAAAUUUGAACUUGGGUGGGGAAAUUUCAUCAGCAGUUGGUGAUUUGAAGAAUCUGCAGUCCAUAGACCUGCAGGGGAAUAGAUUAACUGGUCAACUCCCAGAUGAGAUUGGCAACUGUGUUUCUCUUUCAACUUUGGAUUUGUCUGAUAAUCUGCUGUAUGGGGACAUACCGUUUUCAAUAUCCAAGCUUAAGAAACUUGAGCUGUUGAAUUUGAAGAACAAUCAAUUGACUGGGCCUAUUCCAUCAACAUUGACUCAGAUUCCCAACCUAAAAACUAUUGACCUGGCUCGAAACCAGCUUACGGGUGAGAUACCAAGGCUAAUCUACUGGAAUGAAGUAUUGCAAUACCUUGGGUUGCGGGGGAAUUCAUUGACUGGAACCUUGUCUCCUGACAUGUGCCAAUUAACAGGCCUGUGGUAUUUUGAUGUAAGAGGCAAUAAUCUGACUGGAACAAUCCCCGAUAGCAUCGGUAACUGUACAAGCUUUGAAAUCCUGGACAUAUCAUAUAACCAGAUAACCGGGGAGAUUCCAUACAAUAUUGGGUUCCUACAAGUGGCUACACUGUCACUCCAAGGAAAUAAGCUAACAGGAAAGAUUCCAGAGGUGAUUGGUCUAAUGCAAGCCCUUGCUGUUUUGGAUUUAAGUGAGAAUAACCUUAUUGGGCCCAUACCGCCAAUACUUGGCAAUUUAAGUUAUACAGGAAAACUGUACCUCCAUGGCAACAAGCUUACUGGACCAAUUCCACCAGAACUUGGCAAUAUGUCAAAGCUUAGCUAUUUGCAAUUGAAUGACAAUCAAUUGAUUGGCAGUAUUCCUGCUGAGCUUGGGAAGCUGGAGCAGUUGUUUGAACUGAAUCUUGCUAACAAUGAUCUAGAAGGACCAAUUCCACAUAACAUCAGUUCUUGCACAGCAUUGAAUCAAUUCAAUGUGCACGGUAAUCAUCUAAGUGGAUCUAUUCCUCCAGGCUUCCAGAAUCUAGAGAGCUUGACCUAUCUAAAUCUUUCAUCAAACAAUUUCAAAGGCAGGAUACCCCUUGAGCUGGGACGAAUUGUCAAUCUUGAUACCUUGGAUCUAUCUAGCAAUGGUUUCUUGGGAACUGUGCCUGCUUCUGUCGGUGAUCUAGAGCAUCUUCUCACACUGAAUUUGAGUAGAAAUAAUCUUGAUGGCCCAGUGCCAGCAGAAUUUGGGAAUCUCAGGAGCAUACAGACAAUUGAUAUGUCAUUCAACAAGCUCUCUGGUGGUAUCCCUAGGGAGUUAGGUCAGUUGCAGAAUAUUGUGUCAUUGAUACUGAACAACAACAAUUUGGAUGGAGAAAUCCCUGAUCAGUUGACCAAUUGUUUCAGCCUCACCAUUUUGAACGUUUCCUACAACAAUUUCUCAGGGGUUGUACCUCCAAUUCGGAACUUCUCACGAUUUUCACCUGACAGCUUCAUUGGAAACCCAUUAUUAUGUGGCAACUGGUUGGGAUCAAUCUGUGGCCCAUAUGUUCCCAAAUCCAGAGCAGCAAUUUUUUCGAGAACUGCAGUUGCAUGUAUAGCUUUGGGCUUCUUCACUUUAUUAUUGAUGGUUGUUGUUGCAAUUUACAAAUCCAACCAACCAAAGCAACAGAUAAAUGGUUCUAACAUUGUGCAAGGUCCUACCAAGCUUGUAAUUCUGCACAUGGAUAUGGCUAUUCACACCUAUGAGGAUAUCAUGAGAAUCACUGAAAAUUUAAGCGAGAAGUACAUUAUAGGAUAUGGUGCUUCUAGCACAGUGUACAAGUGUGUAUUGAAGAACUCCCGACCUAUUGCAAUUAAGCGAAUCUAUUCCCAAUAUGCACACAACUUACGAGAGUUUGAGACUGAACUUGAAACCAUUGGCAGCAUCAAACACAGAAACCUUGUUAGCUUGCAUGGUUACUCACUAUCUCCCAAAGGAAACCUGCUCUUCUAUGAUUACAUGGAUAAUGGUUCUCUUUGGGAUCUUCUUCACGGACCAUCAAAGAAGGUGAAACUUGAUUGGGAAACCCGCCUGAAAAUAGCAGUUGGAGCUGCUCAAGGACUUGCUUAUCUUCAUCAUGAUUGCAAUCCUAGAAUCAUUCACAGGGAUGUUAAGUCCUCAAAUAUCCUCCUGGAUGAAAAUUUUGAUGCUCAUCUCUCUGACUUUGGGAUUGCAAAAUGCAUUCCUACUGCAAAAACUCAUGCAUCAACUUAUGUUCUUGGUACAAUUGGCUACAUUGAUCCUGAGUAUGCCCGUACCUCGCGGCUCAAUGAAAAAUCUGAUGUUUAUAGUUUUGGCAUUGUCCUUCUGGAGCUGCUGACAGGGAAGAAAGCUGUAGACAAUGAAUCAAAUUUGCAUCAACUGAUAUUGUCAAAGGCAGACGAUAACACUGUAAUGGAAGCAGUUGACCCAGAGGUUUCUGUUACAUGCAUGGACUUAGCUCACGUCAGGAAAACCUUCCAACUUGCUCUUCUGUGCACAAAGCGCCAUCCAUCUGAGAGGCCAACCAUGCAUGAAGUUGCCAGGGUGUUGGUCUCUUUGCUUCCAGCUCCUCCAGCUAAACCCUGCUCCUCUCCUCCAAAGCCUAUUGAUUAUGCCCACUUUGUGAUGGACAAAGGCCAGAAGCAGCAAAAUGCCCAGCCACCGCCCCAUGUCGAACCAGACAAUAAUACCUCCUCCAAUGAUGCCCAAUGGUUUGUCAGGUUCCAUGAGGUCAUAUCCAAGUACUCCCUAUAACAUUUUGGGGUUCCAUCAUCAGAAAGGAGAAAAUCCCAAAUUUUGGUUCAAAUGGGUUGCUUCUCUUUUGGCUACAUGGAGUUGUAUAAACUCCCUUUUGGUUUUUGGUUUUUAGCUCUUAGAUUUUAUCAGAUGUAUGAUUGUGAAAGACAAUUGUGUUGGAUGUAGAAAAUGAAAAAAGAGAAAAAAGAAAGAAAUGAAGGACUAAUGAGCAGAGGCAGCUGGUUUUUGUCAACAUAUUUGUACAAGUAAUUCUGUGAAGUUGGAAAGGGAGUGGUGUCAGUAAAUAUUUUGUUACAGAGUGAAUGCAAGGGUAUUCAGUUAUUGCUUGCUUGAAUGCUUGUCA